GUUCCCAUCUGGCAGCAUCACACAUGGACCAGAGCCUGGGUGGACGACAAUCAUUUAUUUAACUCCAAAAAAGAAAACAACAACAACAAAAACAUCUCUCUCUCUUUUUUCUUCAGCUGUCCAACCAAGCUGCGUCUCUGCUCAGAUCUGAUCCAGGUGGUUUGAUUUUCUCCCGUGGUGUCUGUGUGGAGCGUGCCACACACCCACUCCACAACAACGACGGCUUUUGCUUGCAUCUUCCAGUGUUUCUUCUGUCAGCAAGUCCAGCAGAGCUGCAACUCUUCCAGUGCCAGCCCUGACACCAGCGAAGAGCCCUGCCCCACUGACAUGGUGAAGAUGACCAAGUCGAAGACCUUCCAGGCUUACUUGCCGAAUUGUCAUCGCACCUACAGCUGCAUCCACUGCCGGGCGCACCUGGCCAAUCACGACGAGCUCAUCUCAAAGUCAUUUCAAGGCAGUCAAGGAAGAGCCUAUCUGUUUAACUCAGUGGUGAAUGUCGGCUGCGGGCCAGCUGAGGAGCGGGUACUCCUCACAGGUUUACAUGCUGUGGCUGAUAUCUACUGUGAAAACUGUAAAACCACCCUGGGUUGGAAAUAUGAGCACGCGUUUGAGAGCAGUCAAAAGUACAAAGAGGGAAAGUUCAUCAUCGAGCUGGCUCACAUGAUCAAGGACAACGGAUGGGAGUGACGCUCUCGGCACGCACUCGUUCUUUUUUUUCUGACCUAGGAAUGCUC